GUAGUUUGAAAGCUCGUCUAGGGCAGCCAGUCAGCGGGGCCCAAGAAGUGUUGGAUAGCACUAGCCCAGUAACGCGCUUGCCUUGCCUAAGUUCACGCCGUUCGGGAACUUCAUUCAAAUCAAGCACGGUGCUCGCUUGGGGGCGCCUUCGAGAAUGAUGACGCCACCGACGGGAGCGAAUCACUCGGCGGAUCACACGACGGAAGACGCGGCUUUCUGACGGCAGUUGCGAUCGAGUCCACGCUGAGAGACAAGAAAGCUUCCCAGUUGGCUAGCGACUUGGCGGCUAACUUCCUUGUUGCGACUCGGCGGUGUCAAAUGGGAGGCCGACAAGUUUGCUUUUGACUUCGGACACCAACCUACUGGUGGAAGUACCCGCUCGUACCGCACCAGCCGCGGUGGGUUCAAGGAAUCGGGGCUUUAAAUCCGGACGGGCCUCGGGCCUGCACUCUUGUCCACGAAUGCGGUUUGUCGUCGGGUACCGUUAGCCCCCGGAGGCUAACCUAGCUCACAUUUACUUAGCAUGUGCUAGCCAAUUUGUAAAAAUGCACACCGUGGAGGAGUCCGGACGUUUAAUAGUCGACUGCUAGGUGAAUGUCAAAUUGUUUGUGCGUGUGGCCGAAUUGGGUCGUGAUUAAACUCUCGUGGAACACAUUCUAAACAUAAUCUGUUAGCUUUGUGAUGCUAACGUGAAGCUAGUGAUCGCGAUAGCCGCGGCAUUCCGAACGUGAAUUAUGAUGCUAACUGGCCCGGUGUUAUUAUGUCCCACUGCACAGCCGGAAGCAUAAUAGUUUAAAAGGUUCUUUCUCAGUGAGCGUGGCGUUGAUGUAACCCUCUGGAUAAAUGCCGAAUUCGGAUGUAGUUCGGGAUGGCCGCGGCCGGAGUCCCUCCGCGCAGCGAAAUGCUAGCAGGCAGGACAGGCGUAACGUCAGUAAGCCGGGAAGCAGCACGGCCCAGCGGGACAGACACCGGGACAAUCGACGCUCCUCGGCUUCUCGUCGGAAGAAACGCAGACAGGCCAAGGACAGAGACUUGUGGCACAUUGGUGCAACGGAAGGCACUGUCAAUGACCGACAUGGCACUUUGGUCAAGGAGGCUGAACUUCAGACACUGGUGGAGUACGAUGACGUGAGCUCCCAGUCCGAGCGCUUCUCCGGUAGCCCCUCGCCUAAACUGGAGCGUCACGUCGAUCGGUUCUCCGCGGACUUCGGGGAGUGUAACGGCCCGGUGAGGGAUCGCCGGGACGUUUUCCCCAUCAGGGACGAGCAUGCCAAAGGACCCGUGGAAAGGAGCAAGGACCUCGACCGGAGGAAGGAACGUCCUAAUCGUGAGAGAAACGCCAAACCUCGUGGCGGCCUCAGCCCGAGCAUCUCUAAAAACCACAGAGACGUGGUGAAGGCUAAUGACAAAAAUGGCAAAAGGUCGUCCGCCGGUCAGUCAUCGCAGGCUGUAGACAAACGGGACUCCAAAAGGCGACAGAGUAAAACGAGAGCCGAUAAAGAACCGCCGUCUGCGUACAGAGACGUUCCUCCUCAGUCAUAUCGCGACGAAGAGCAGAGAGCCUACAGGAGAAGCCCGGGAUUCAAAGCUGAAAGUCCCUAUGGGACAUCCUACUCGUACAGCUACCAAUCCCCGCCUGGCUACAACCAGAUGAUAUCGCGACGAAGCCCCACUUACCCGAACAAAAGAACCUCUCCCAUGCCCAACUACUACGGCCGAGACGCUGACGUGUACGGAGCUUACGGCGUUGCCAAGUCACCCAGCUCGUACCCGGGCAGCAAAAGGAAGCGAUCCCCUACCAGUCCGGCCAACUGGCGCAGAUCUCCCAGUUACGGCCGGCACAGUCCGUACGAGCAGGGGGAGUUUGUCGCCAGUCCGUUCGGAGGCCGGCGGAGAUCUCGAAGUCCCUACAGGAAAUCCCUCAGCCCGAGUCCAGAUGUCAGGCGAUCGGUGAGGUCUCGCAGUCGCAGCCCGUAUCCUCCUAGCAGGCAUUCUCGCUCCCGCAGCCGCCACCGCCAUUCCCGCUCCCGCAGCCGGCCCUCCAGCCUCUCACCGAGCACGCUGACCUUCAAGAGCAGCCUGGCGGCCGAGCUCAGCAAGCAGAAGAAGGCCAAAGCAGCCGAGGCCGCCGCCAAAGCCAAAAGCGCAGGCAACUCUUCCACGCCCACCAAGGGCAGCACUGCCGCUCACCAGCCCAGUCCCAAGACCAACCACGCGGCCAGGAAGGGCCGCCCGCCCUCGCCACCCGCACCUCCAACAACAGCGGCGGAGAAAGGCCCACGCACGCCCACGUCCAGCCAGCCCCAGUCGCCCUCCAACCGCACUUCUAAGAGGAGUACGGAGCAGCCCGCCCCCCGGAACAAAGACGCAAAGGCAAAAGAUGACUCCAAGAAGAAAGCCACGACGGCAAGCGGGCCGAUCAAAGAGAAGGAACGAGCCAGUGGGACCUUCAUCUCUGGUGUCCCGUCCCUUCCGCUUCCCUUGAGUGUUCUUGAGCAAAUUGAUAAAGUUGACUGCGCAAAGGACUUGUCGGCGAAGAAGAAGUCCGACCGAAAGGGUCGACAGCUGCUUGCCGAACUGCCGCUCCCGCCGAUUCUUUCCAGCCGGACGUCUUCUCCUCGCAGCCCGGCCGACGAGAAAAAGAGCCAAGCGCUGCGUAGAAGGCCCAAAAUGUGCGGCCCCAGAUACGGUGAGAUCAAGGAGACAGAGAUCGACUGGGGCAAGCGCUGCGUGGACAAGUUUGAGAUCAUCGGCAUCACGGGAGAAGGCACGUACGGCCAGGUGUACAAAGCCAAAGACAAGGACACAGCGGAGAUGGUGGCUCUGAAGAAGGUGCGUCUGGACAACGAGAAGGAGGGCUUCCCCAUCACGGCCAUCCGAGAGAUCAAAAUUUUACGGCAGCUCAACCACAAGAGCAUCAUCAACAUGAAGGAGAUCGUCACCGACAAGGAGGACGCGCUGGACUUUAAGAACGAUAAGGGUGCUUUCUAUUUGGUCUUUGAGUACAUGGACCACGACCUGAUGGGGCUGCUGGAGUCGGGCCUGGUGCACUUCAACGAGAGCCACAUCAAGUCGUUCAUGCGGCAACUGCUGGAGGGGCUGGAUUACUGCCACAAGAAGAACUUCCUGCACCGUGACAUCAAGUGCUCCAACAUCCUGCUCAACAACAAAGGAAAGAUCAAGCUGGCAGACUUUGGUCUGGCUCGCUUGUACAACUCUGAAGAGAGUCGGCCGUACACCAACAAAGUCAUCACGCUGUGGUACCGCCCCCCGGAGCUCUUGCUGGGCGAAGAGAGGUACACGCCGGCCAUCGACGUCUGGAGCUGCGGAUGCAUCCUGGGAGAAUUGUUCACCAAGAAGCCCAUCUUCCAAGCUAACCAGGAGCUGGCCCAGUUGGAGCUGAUCAGUCGGAUAUGCGGCAGUCCGUGUCCGGCGGUGUGGCCGGAUGUCAUCAAGCUUCCCUUCUUCAACACCAUGAAACCAAAGAAGCAGUACAGGCGACGACUGCGGGAGGAAUUUGCCUUCAUUCCUCCGACUGCGCUGGAUUUGUUUGACCACAUGCUGAACCUUGACCCCACCAAACGAUGCACGGGCGAGCAGGCGCUGAGCUGCGAGUUCCUCAAAGACGUGGACCCCGACAAAAUGCCCCCGCCAGAUCUCCCACUGUGGCAGGACUGUCACGAGCUGUGGAGCAAGAAGCGUCGGCGUCAGAAGCAGAUCCCCGAGGAGUUGGCCGGCCCGCCCAAGGCGCCGCGCAAGGAGCUGGGCCUGGACGACAGUCGCAGUAACACACCUCAGGGAUUCCCGGCAUCCGCCGGCAUCAAAGCCCCGAGUGCGGCUGCUUCUUCACUGCUGGACGCGAAAGCUCCAAACUCCCAGUUGACCCAGGAGCAAUUCGCCGUCCUGCUGAACCUCCUCGGGCCGCCCAACAACGCCGCCGCCGCCGCUAACCCGGCCCAGUUCUUCCAGGCUGUGAGCUCCAAGGUUAACCAGGAGACGUUGCAGCAACUGUCCAAAGUGCUGCCCCCCCCUGAGGCAACUCAGCCACUGGUCGCCAAGCCCCCGCGGCCGCGGACCCCGCCCAUGCCCAAGCCCCCUUCUCCUCCCCCCGAAGGGGAUGCGGCAGCGGCCGCUGCUGCAGCCGCCACUCAGACGGCCGUCACCAUGCUGCUGGCUCAGCUACUGCAAGCUCAGAGGCAGGAGGCUGGGGGCGGGCCGGAGGCGGCCGACAGCAACCUGUCAGCGGGAGCAGAUGUGCUCCCUCCCGAUACCAAGAGACCCACAGAAUCCAGCCCAGUCACCCCUGUGCCGGACCUGGCCGCUGUCCCCAUCCUGCCCCCGGACCAGAGACCCCCCGAGCCCCCGGAGCCACCUCUGCACGCCGACCUGGACUACAGGCGGCCGCCGCCCGAACCCAAGCCCGGCCACGCCCCGCCCAUCGCAUCGGCCGGGGGAGGCGACGGCGGCGCCCGCCCGCCCGAGCCUGACUACCCGCCCCUGCCCACCGCAGAAGGGCCCGGCUACGGGGGCGACUUUGGCCACCCGGUCCCGCCACCCCCCUUCACUCCCACAGGCUUUGGGGACAGCUUCAUGGGUCACAUGAUGGGCGCGGGGUUACCGCCUCACUCACUGAGAGAAGCGUUUAGCGGACCGAGCCAGGCCCCACCCCUAGAUUCCUUCCCCCCACCGGUCCCCCCCACCACAGGAGGAGCCCCUGGGAUGUUGUUUGCCGGGGACAAGGACCACCGCUUUGAAUACAGCCCCCUCCCAGUGGAAGGCCAGCCCAACCCCGGGGCCCUCCACCUGUACAACCACACUCUGGUCCGGAAGGACGGCAUGCCGCCUCUUCCCCCGCCGCCCGUCCCGCCACCAGGCCGCGCUUGGGCCUCGCCCUCCUCCCAGGUGCCCCUCGGCUUUGUCCCUCACAUCAACUCCACCGUUCGAGGUCGAGGGCUGCCCUUCUAGACAAACUGGAAGCGACACUUUGUGAUUGACGCCCCUCCCCCCGUCCAAGACGGUCAAGUUUGUUAGAGGAGCUUUUCUCAGACCAUUUUCAUAUUUUUGUUGUAAUUUGUUUUAUGAGUCUUUUAACGUCAAUCUUUUGAGGGGUGGGGGGUGGUGGACAGCUAGUCUUAUUCUGGUGCAUUCUUACCCUACCAGUGACUGCGACCUCUUAGACAGUACUUCAGGAUUGUUAGUAGUCAUGUUUUGCACUACUGACUGAAGUUCAAAAACACUUUUAGCAGGUCAAGGGCAUCGCAUCAUUUCACCCCACCCCCUGCCUUCCUCUCGUAUUUUUUUUUUUUUUUUUUUUUUACAAAAAUGCUCCUGUGUGAUGACACUUGGAUGAGCAAAUUUCAUCAUGGCUGCGAGACUCUGGAGCAAAUGUAAAAGUUGUAAAAUGGUUCAACGUAAAAAAGGACACGAAGUGUUUCUUCUCUUUUUUUUUGGUAUUAAAAAAAUCCCGACCACACCAGAUUUCCCUUUGGCAAGUGUUUAUUAAAGAAAUGCCACUGUGUAAAACUAUUGUCUUUUCAGUUACUAUAAAGAUUAUUUUUCAAUGUCUUUUUGCUGCGUUUGACUGUAUGUGACCUAUGCUACCACUGGAUGGUGCCAUUUUGUAAAAGUUAUUUUCUACUCUAGGGUAUUCUCAGCGGAAGACAAAUGUGCUUGCCAUUCAUUCAGCACGUUUUUCACUGCCACGGGGUUUCAGAAAGCUUUGAGCAUCGGUAGCUCGUGAAAUACAAUUUUUUUUGUCUUUAUUCAAUACUUUUUAUUUGGAACUAAUAAUGCCGCUAAUGAUUUGGAGAAGCAAAAUAUUUCCCCAUCCAUGACAUACUUAUGUAGUCGUCUCCAAGAAUGAUUUGCAGCGAGCAGAAACUUGGAAGUGCUUCUACAGCUUGUCAAAGACCUCAAGAGCCCCUUUAAUGGUGAUUUUAAUAGAAAGCACUGGCGUCAAGCUGACAUUUUUCUUUGGCAAUCAUCAAGCAUAAUAUUCAGUGCGUCGUCGUAAUGACAUACAAGAAAGAAUAGGACACAAUCACAGCGCUUUUGUGAUGUAUAAAUAGCAAUUUUGUCAAGUAAAAAUAGCGUGUCUGUACAUGUGUAAAGAAAUUAAAAGAGAACGGAAAUGUAACAAGCAGAAUUUUAAACGUGUUCUCAAUGGG